AGCAGUUUAAUUAGAAGGAGUGCGACCAGUCAUUGAAAACAAUCCAUACCUACGCUAGCGCCGCCAGUGUCAGCCAUGGGUUUAUCCACAAAUCCUGUCCACGCUAAUUUAAGUCUUAAUCAGCACCCCGCUUCAUGUAACGUGAGGCGUGGUGCUGAUUAAGACCCUAAUUACUUCCAGUAAUAUGAUGUAAGCUAGUAUAGGGUAUAUAAUGAGGUAAGGGUGUAAAGGUGAUAUCACAAAAGCGUGCAGGCUAUCAUAUUUUUCUAAACAUUCCGACGAAAGUGUUUUCCUAUCAGAACGUGAACGUACACGAGUUUACGUGGAUUUACGAUGUCCGUGAAUGAAGCAGCUUGGAUUUUGGAGGCAAAGGGAGACCUUCGGGUUCAACCAACCCCGUAUCCAGUCCCGGAGCAAAAUGAAAUUGUUAUCAAGAACCACGCAUUUGCCAUCCAGCCCUUAGAUGCAAAUAUUCGCGCCAAAGCCUAUAUGGAUAUGCCAUAUCCCUUCAUUUUGGGGAACGGUGUGGCUGGAGUCGUCGAUGAAAUCGGACCAUCAGUUACAAAGUUCAAAAAAGGCGACCGCGUCGUAUCAGACACACCAACUUACCAGUUGAAGAAAACCAAAUACGGGUGUUGGCAGAAGUACGUGGUGGGAACAGAAGCUACGACUGCAAAGAUUCCGGAAAACACCAAAUUUGAGGACGCUGCAGCGAUCCCUUUUGCACUUUUAACUGCGGUAGCAGCCCUGCAUUUGGAAUUGGGGAUGGGUAAACCCAAGGAGAAUCGCCAUGGAAAAGCACUGAUCUGGGGAGCAAGUGGAUCGGUGGGAGGAUAUGCUGUUCAGUACGCUUCAAGUGUUGGAUAUGACGUCGUGGCAACAGCAUCGCCGCGGAAAUUCGACUACGUGCGUGGUCUUGGUGCGAGCGAGGUCCUGGACUACAAAGAUGACCAGAUUGUUAAAAAGCUGCAGGAACUCGGCCCAUAUGACUUUGUCAUGACAGCUUCUGGGGAUGCAGUAGGAGUAAACGCUAUCAGUGACAUCCUGCAGCCCGCGGGUGGUAAAUUUGUCUGUACCCGCCCGAAGAGCGAGGAGAUGCGUCUUGCUGCCAAUGUCAGCCUCCAUUACGGCUUUUUUAGCAUGGCUACCCAAAAAGUGGAGAAUGCAGACUUCACAGCAUGGUGGUAUGGUGACUAUUUACCUACGGCUCUUGCUGGCGGUGUUACACCGACGCCGUUAGAAAAGCGACCUGGUGGGUUAUCUGAAAUCCAGGCAGCCUGCGAAGACGUGCUGGCGGGGCGUAGCCCGAAGAAAUUGGUUCUUAGUCCCUAGAUUGGGA